CCAAGUUCAGCCACAUGACAGCUCCGCGUCUUCUCUGAUCCGUGCGUAAAAGCGAGUUUGUCGAAGCAAAGACGAGUGAGUCUAAAUCUGAUGUGAAGCUCUGACAGCUGCUGACCCUGCGGCCGCUGCGUGGUUGGCGUAUUGCGAUUCAAAGAAAGAAGAAAAAAAAAAAGAAAAAAAAAUGAUGUCACGCGAAGCCACAAGGAGACCUGGGAUUUACCAAAUACCUUCCAGUUGAGCAGGAGUCCUGCCAAGUAAAGGACAACCUCCUCCUCCUCCUCCUCCUUCUCUUCUUCCAGCGGCGACAAGUGCAGAAAAUCAACGGAGGAGAAUUUAACAAAUUAUCUACUUUUCCGCUCCCCUUUCUGGACGUAACGAUCCGCGAGGUCUCGACUCUCUGCACGCCGUUAUCGAGCGAGCAGCGGCCGUUCUUGAUUGUCAUCAAUAAGCGGGGGAACGGGCCCCGUGAUUCGGAGGGGGUUUUCCCGGCAGAUGAUGUCUUUUCCUGUGGGCCGGUGAGGAGCAGCCCCAACCUCCGCCUUCCCCACCAGCAGCUUCUUGUCGUUAUUGUCGCGGCGCGGUAGAUGCGGAGGUGAUGGACGGACCUCUCCGCCGCCCAGCGGGGAUCCUCAGCUCCCCCCCGGCUUCUGGGAGUCAGCCCGCGGGCUCCGACAUGCUCACCUCCGGCAGCAGCAGCAGUAAGACCCUCGCUUUCUCCAUCGACCGGAUUAUGGCCAGGACGCCCGAACCCAAGUCAAUACCGCUCCCCAGCUGGUUCCAGUCCGCUCCCGCGGGGAAACCUGACGUGUGUGCGUCCUCGCUGCACUGUAUGAUUCCACUGAUGCCGCUCGGGUAUGAUCCGGGCCACAGGCUCAGCAUUUCCGGGCUGGAUGCGGGCCACUUGGACGCGUCUCCUGUCGCUGCUCCAGCUGACUUUUUGGGCUUUGGGUUGAACUAUAAGAAUCAACAGGAUGAAUCCGCUGUCAACCACAACACACAACCGCAGUACAAACUCUUCAGACCCCGGGUGGUGAACCAGUCCUCCUUCCCCACCAUGGGCACCGUGUGUUACCUGAACUGCAGCGGGGACAGCGGCGCCUGUGCGCCGCCGGCCGGGCUCGUCAAUCUGCACCCGAUGGCCUCGUACCUGCUCAGCGCCCGGCACAAAGCCUUCAUGACGGAGAAGAACAAGCCGGGCCUGCAGCAGGCCGGGGAGCGGUACCCGGUGUCCGGCGUGCAGGCCUUUAAGGAGCUGUCACAGAGUCAGAUCCAGCACUACAUGAAGGAGCGAGACCAGAUUCUCACCGACAAAAUCUUUAAAGACUCGGCGGCAGCAGCGGCCAGACUCAGCGGCUCGUGUCCGGGCAGCAAACCAAAAGUUUUCACCUGCGAGGUCUGCGGAAAGGUGUUUAACGCGCACUACAACCUGACCCGCCACAUGCCUGUGCACACAGGCGCGCGGCCGUUCGUGUGCAAAGUUUGCGGCAAAGGCUUCAGACAGGCGAGCACACUGUGCCGACACAAAAUCAUCCACACUCAGGAAAAACCGCACAAGUGUAACCAGUGUGGAAAAGCCUUCAACCGCAGCUCGACCCUCAACACACACUCACGCAUCCACGCGGGAUACAAACCGUUUGUGUGCGAGUUCUGUGGGAAAGGUUUCCAUCAGAAAGGCAACUACAAGAACCACAAGCUGACGCACAGUGGGGAGAAGCAGUUCAAGUGCUCCAUCUGCAGCAAGGCCUUCCACCAGGUGUACAACCUCACCUUCCACAUGCACACACACAACGACAAGAAACCAUUCACCUGCCCGACCUGUGGCAAAGGCUUCUGCAGGAACUUUGACCUGAAGAAACACAUCAGGAAGCUGCACGACCCGUCCAGUCCACAGUCGCCCCCCCAGACCUGAGACACACACUGCUGACCUCUGGCCCUCGGAACAGUGACUCUGCACCUCAAAAGAAAGAAAAGAAAAGAAAAAGAUCAAGACGUUCCCAUCAGGUCAGGAAAUAAACUCAAGUCCUCACAAGACAAGUUCUGUGGGGUUUUUAGUAACACGUGACCUCAUUUCCAUGUCUCCACUUGUUUCUACGAAUCAAUAAUUGGUGACCUCAAAUCACUGACCCAUGUUCUCAAAUGACUUCUUCGGGCCACUUACUCGAACCAUGAGAUUCCUCAAACACAAAGAGUCCUCACAUUUCAAAUAUUUCAAUUGGAAAUACUUAUUUGUGUGCUCAAUAUCACAUUUUUGGUUCCCAGACAUGAGUCAUUUGUUCCUUUGAUGACUUGGCUCUGAUUUGACCCCCUCGCAUCUCUCCUGUGCAGCCACGGCAUCUUUUAAAAAACACUUAAGUCUUAUGAGUCCCAUUCCUUGAUUUCAUGAAAUUCUAGUCUUUUCAGACAAAAUGUCCUCAAAUUAGAAUAUAAUGUCCUCUUUUACCUGCAAAGUUCUCUAAACAAAACCAAGUUUCCACUCAGGUUGCUGAGAUCACAGCCUUGCUGCUGGUUCUAAGGAUAUUUUUGUUUGGAGUCUUAAUGGCUGUUUUAUUUCAGAUUUCUGAACAAAAUGUCCUUAAAUUUAGAUCUGUUGAGGCAGUGCAUUCCAAAUUCAUGACAAACCAUUUAAUCAGAAAUACCAAUUGGUUCAGUUUUUAUUCCCUCAUAUUAAUAGUUUUCAUAAAAAUGAGUCUACCUUGGCUCAAAGUCGGGGAAUCGACAACAACAACAUCAAGAACACAAACUUACAUUACACAGUGUAAUUGAUUUCAGAUGUUUCAUUAGCAGCUGUGUAUGUGGUAAAUCGUCAUCUUUUAAACACCACACAGACUGGAAAAUGUUUUAAAGCAGAUAUAUUCUGCUUCAGAGCCACAGAAGAGGAUCUAAAACAUGUCGCUAAUAAAUUGUAAAUAAGGUGAUUGUCCCAUUUAAAAUGAACUAUGACUCAUAUAACAAGCAGAUAAUGAUUUGUAGCGUGAGAAUAAGAGAACUAUCCGAAACCAUGGUCAGGCUCUCAUUCAAAAAGGGCAUCAUAUGUGUAAUUGAAUUGAAUAGGAUUUGAAAACAUUUUGUCACAUUUAUAUAUUUAUAUCUCAAUUUUUUGGUGGUUUACAAGUAUUUUGACUCUUUGUACCAUUUUUAUUAUAUGAUUUAUUUGACCCUUGACCCUGAUCUGUACUAAACACGACCUAAAAAGAAACACGCGAGGAAACUUCGUUCUGGACCCUGGAGACACUAAACGCCUGCUGACCCAAGACUUCAUCAUCCCGCCCUCUUGUACUUGAACCCUGCAAAAAAAAAAGAAAAAGAGAAAGGACUCUCUCUAAUUCCCUUGAGGCCCUGAAGACUAACUAACCCUCUCACCCUGACCUUUGACCCUCAUUGCUGGCCUGUAUGCACGCUGACCGAAUAUAACAUGGCUGCAAUGCUUCGUCUUCGUCUCUCUCACAGCAUAUGUUAGAGUGAGGACAUGUGACAGAGGACAAACACGAGCACUGUCCCUCUAAUGUCCACUGAUUCUUAGUCAAUUAUAUUAAAAUCGGUGACUAAUUAUUGUGUCAUUAGUCAUCAGUGGUUGCUAGUUGUGAUCAUUUGCAUCUCAGGAAACGAUGUUGAUGAACUCUGAGACCAGAGAUGCAGCAGAGGGGGAAAGGACACGUCAGUCAUUGACUCCUGUUUGACCUGUUUUUUAUUGUCCAGCGCGGAAUUUGUGCCAACAUUUAAAGGAAAAAGUCUGGUGACGUCCUGUUUUCUAAUUGUUAAGAAACCCAUGAAACAACAUGUCAACCUGACACAGAAUCAACGCCAGUAUCUUCUCUCUCUCUGUGCCGAAGACCUUCAACCAAAAAAACAAAAAAAAACAAUUAGAAACACACCAGUGAGCGUCACUGUUGCACUGGCUGACACGCUCCCUCAACGCCAUGAACACACACACACCGUCUUUUAUUCUGACUCAGUCAGAGACACGACACCCAGCCGACACUAGUCCUUGCCAGAUUCAAACGUGUUGACAAACCUGCCAAUGAAAAGAGUCGCAAACAAACGCACUGUUCCCCGCUGUUUGUCUGAUAAAAAAAAAAAAACAAACAAGCGUGGAAAGCAGGAAAAUAAAAUCGCAUGUUGAUUCUGCACUGACCUUGUUUGAAAGUUUUCAUGUCCAACAGUGAAAACAGUGGUGCAGUGUUAGCGUAACCACGCACUUCAAGGUCCAGGAUUAGCGUUUUUGCCAUAAGGAGACUUCAUCAAGAGCUCAAACCUCCACCAAGGCCACACAGUUUCCCACAGUGUUAAACCUGUGUCCAGCUCCAAAACUAAAAUCAAAUUAUUUCUUCCUUCGGCCAGAAAAAAACAUGCCCAGAAAAUGUCUUCAUAGUUCUGUGUUUCAAGGCUCCAAACCUCCCCGGUUCAGUCGUGUCAUUUAUGAUUUGUACGACAUAAAUUAUGACAGAAACGCUAAAGAAAUCACUCAAUACUUAUAUUUUAAUAAUAAUUUUUCUCCAACACUGCACUCACCCAGCUUCACCUAUCCAUCUCUGGUCCUGACUGGCAAAGACAACAUAGUUAUUUUUUCCUUUUCAGUCUCAGGAUUAUUGUAAAAAGAAGUGUUUAUGAUAUUUAUUUUAUAUUGUGUACGACUGUAAUAACUUAAAAGAGCAGCGUUGAACUGAAAACAUGGUAUAUGAAAACAAAAAAUGUCUUGUCAUUGUGUGCGUGUGUGUGUGAGUGUUGCUCCUGUUGCAGAUGUAGAUGAACCUAAAAAAAAAAAUGUGUGUGAAAACGUCUUCAAACACAUUUUAAAGUAUUCCACUGUAAAUAUUAACCAAGGCUGAGUUCAUACUAUCAAAUGAAUUAAAAAUUGAAAUAAAAAACUUUUUAUUAAUAAA